AUGAGAGCAGGUCACGAAGAUGCCAACGAGGAAAUGACUACAACCGUUGGAUCGCUGACCUCUCUUGAAGCCUCUCCUGACACUAUGACAAAAAUGGAAGUUUCAGAGUUAGGUGAUGCCAAAGAUAAAAGCCUCAUAGAGCUGGACCCACAACUCAAAUUCAUGGAAAGCAGAUUCAGUGAUAAUUGCAAUAGUAGAAGUGAAGAAACCAGUAUUUCCUUGGCGAAGUCGUACCUUGUAGGAAUUAAUAAGAUGAAGCUGUCCAAAAAAGGAAAGACUUAUUUUACAGAUGACGAAAGCACGCUGAAUCUGCCGUACGAGGACAUGCACUACAUGCAACCUGAUCCGGAGCUGUUAGGCCUCAGCAGAAUGGAUGAACCAGUGGAAAGGGAUGACCUUGAGAUAUCAGAUUUCGUGACUUCCAGCACAUUGGGUAGUGAUCACCUGGUUGCAAUUGGUAUUGGUGAUUGGGUUGGCAGGCAACAACUCGUUCAAUUGGCAAGUUAA